GUUUUGUGUUUAUAUGAAGCCGGUUUAUUUUUAUGCACACAAGUUGGCAGCAGUGUGAGAAGUGUCAGAAAAUCUCAAGCACAAACUGAAGCUGUGCCAUGGAAAAUAAAGAUGAAAUUGGGGAGAAUUUGGACGCUUCAGUGGUGGAGAUUCCCAGAACAGAUCCCAUAAUAGAUCUAGUGCAGGAUGAAGAUGAAUUAAUGAACAGAAUGGAGGAAAAGGGGAAAAAAUCUGAAGUGAUAAAGAGUGUUAAUGGAACAAGCAUGACAAACAAUAUAAAACCGGAUGAAGAUUUGCUCUCCCAAAAUCUCCAGCUCACUCUGAUACAGUUGGUGAAGAAGAAUCCCUGCUUGUAUGAUCGAAAUCACGAGAGGUACUCUGACACGGAAUACAAAGGUCGUCUGUGGGAGGAAAUUGCGAACAAGAUGAAUAAGAAGCGAGCCCUGGUGAAGCGGAAGUUUGCUAGUCUGUAUCAGAGAUUCGGGAAUAUGUACGUUAUGCUACAAACUCCGGAUUUUGUGAAGCAAGGAUACCCGAAGAAGAAGUUCUUCUGUUACGAGGAAAUGCUGUUCCUCAAGGAUAAAAUUGACGUUGAGCUGGUGAGGAAGCGAAUCACACAGAUGAUAAAGAACGACAACAUGCCACCAACUGAGAGGGUGAAGAAGAAGCCGAAGGCGGGCGAUAAAGGAGGUCCGCCGUCCAAGACCAGGAAGUUGUCUUCAUCAAAGCCAUCACAGACAUUUUCCAGGCGUCCUGCUGGUGGUCCUCAAAUCUUCCAGAGGCGAAUUGAACCAUGGGCAAACAUGUCAAUGAACAGGCGAAUUGAGCCGUGGGAAAAUGUGUCGAUGAAUAACUUUGGUCCGGACAGAAAUAUGCCGCCAAAUCCGGAGCCUCGACAGAAUUUCCACAUGAACGACUUCGGCAGAGACAACUGCAUGCCAAACUUCCCAAAUAACAUGGACUCGGGCCCGGGAGGUCCAGGAUUUCGUCCAGAUCGCCCAGACUAUAUGAUGGGCGAUUUCAGAGACAACAGAAUGCCAGACAGAAUGUCACAAAUGGAUUCGCAGCCAAAUUUUGGCCCGAACAUGAAUCAGAUGAAUGAUUUUCCUGAUUUCCCAAGAGACAUGGAGAGAUUCCCAAAUGAGAGAAUGCCUCCAAAUGAGUCGAAUCGAAGGAACUUCGAUGGAAACCCACCUGAAAUCAAUUCAAUUACCGACACUCAUAUUGAUUUCUUCUUCAAGAGCAUCUCACAGCAAGUGAAGAACUCCAAAAUCUCUGACAGGGACUUCCUGGACUUGCAAUCGACCAUGCUGAGUGCACUUACAUGUAAAUUGGACAUGUACAGGAAAUAA